CAUAAGGCAUUGGCAAUCAAAUGAAUAUGAAAAUUGAAUUGAAAUUAAAUUUGAUGGCAUUUGGCAAAGCAAAACUCAAAACUCGUGCUGAAAAAGCGUUUUCUCUUGGAGUAAUAAUAUAUUCUUUACCCUAGUUUUAAUGUAGAUCACAGGAAACAAGUAAUUUCUUGUUUUUAUUUAGUUUAUACAUAUCGUAACUUUAAUUUUAUUAACUACUGGUUGCCAAAAGCAAAUUGAUACAAUAAACAAUACAGCAGGGUCUUGGGUAAACUUUCAACUUUGUAUCUCAUUGAAACGAAAUAUGGCUUUACCUUUGCAUGCUGAAAAGAGAAAGGCUCAGGAGGAAAUGCGACGUUUGAUGUUAGAGCGAAAGAAUAAAGACAAGAAACCAAAACAAAUUAUAAACAAUCCACUAGCCAAAUAUAAUAACAUUGGUCAACUUAUGUGUGUUCUCUGCUCCUCCAUUGUACGCUCAGAGAAUGUGUGGGAAGUGCACAUAAACAGCAAGCAGCACAGAAAUAAUGUUGAUCAAGCAAAGAAGUUAAAACAACUAACCAACAAUUUCACAGAUGAUAAAGUGAAAAAAAGGUUGGCUACCACAACAUUGGACACACCACAAGAAAAAAAACCUAAAGGGAUAUUGAAAAACUCUGUUGAGAAACCUCCAGUUGUACAGAAACCUAAAAAUAAUGCACCCAUAAUUUUUUCACAUCACGAUGAGCAAGUUGUAAGGAAAGACAUUAGUUCUACAAGGCAAGGUGAAAAAUUAGAAGAGAAAGCUGUUGAAAAGAAAGUUGAAAGUAACACACAGGAGAUUGUCCCAGAUCCAUCACUUACACAACCAAUUCCUGAAGGAUUCUUUGAUGAUCCCAUAUUGGAUGCAAAGGCCCGUAAUAUUGAAUACAAAGAUCCUGUUGAAGAGGAAUGGGAAAAGUUUCAAAAAGAAAUAAAAGAAGAAACUACUACUUCUGCAGAAAUUAUUGCUGGUGAACAAGAAGAAGCUACAGCAGAACGACAAAUUGAUGAAAUAGAUGAACAGAUACGAAACUGGUCAAGAGUGUUGGAUUUGGAAUUGAAAAAGGAAGAGACAAAGAAGAAAAUUCAAGAUAUAGAGAUGCUAAACGAGGAUGAUGACAAUGAUUCCGAUAAUGAAGCUGAAAUUGAUGAGUUCUUAGACUGGCGAGCUAAGAAAUCUUAUUCGUAGCAUUACAUAAUAUUGAAUAUAACGGUUUAUUUUA